UGUGGAGUAAAAAAAGUAAAACAAGUUCAAAAUGUAACAAAUUUUUUAAAGUAAAUACAAAACGUGUGUACUAGUGGUGAAUGCGUUAAGGGAUACAAAUAAUAAGGUAUAUGUAUUUCACAGCUCACACAAAUAAGCAACGGAGUGUCUAGUAUGCCCAUGCCACGGAGAAGAGAAUAGUGGCAUAGAGGAGGCACAAUGGACAACAACCAGGAAAGUAGUCCACUCAGGCGGACUGCGGUUCAAGUGGCCAACGACCGCGGGGCACGCUUAGUUUAACGAGAUCUUUCUAGUUUCUGUGAUUCUACAUUUUCUGUCAGCUGUCAAUGUCGUGACUGAGUGUGAAGUUAACUGGAUAUGUCAAGAACAGUUUUUAAACGUCAUUCCCGUAAAUUCCUAUUCGUCUGUCGAAGAAAUGGCUGAAUUGUUGUUUGUGCCGUUUAAAAAGUCUUCGGACGUUGAUAUUGUUAAACCUUUGAAGAAUUUAAUACAAUCUACUUACAACAGUGCCGAGAACACAGAAGAUUAUACCGAUGCCUUAAAUGAACUGAGCCGGUUGCGUACCAACGCAGUUUGGAAAGUCUUCGAGAAAACCUCUCUUGACACUAUUUACAGUUACUAUGAUCAACUGGUGGCCCUUGAGAGCAAGAUUCCUCCUCAAGAAGUUCAAAUUCCAUUCAAAUGGAAGGAUGCAUUUGACAAGGGUUCUAUCUUUGGAGGCAGGAUGAGUCUCACAAUCAGUUCAUUGGAAUAUGAAAGAAUGUGCAUCUUAUUCAACAUAGCAGCUAUGCAGAGCAUGAUUGCAGCUCAGGAACCUCUCGACACUGAGGAUUCACUCAAGCUAGCUGCCAAAUAUUUUCAGCAAUCAGCUGGCAUCUUUGUAUACCUGAAGGCGAACAUCAUGAUGGCAGUGCACCAGGAAACCACACCAGAUUUGAACCCUGAAACGCUGGAUGCAUUGGCCAAACUAAUGCUCGCACAGGCACAGGAGGUUAUCGCCCAUAAAUGCAUCAGAGAUGAGAUGAAGGAGAGCAUGGUGGCAAAGGUGUGCGCGCAGUGCGAGGAGCUGUACGUGGACGCGCUGCGGGCCAUGCUCAAGGAGAACCCCAAGUCGCUCUGGGAAAAGGACUGGGUACCAAAUGUUCAAGCGAAGCAGAUGGCGUUCCGCGGCCUGGCGCAGUACUACCAGAGCCUGGUGUGCCGCGCCAACAAGGCCGUGGGCGAGGAGAUCGCCAGACUACAAUUCGCAGUAGAUCAGCUGAAGGGUGCCCAGUCGCGGCUGUCGCCCAGCUACCUGCAGGAGCAGGCGUCGAAGGCAGCGCGCAACCUUCAAGAGGCGAUGAAGGACAACGACUUCAUCUACCACGAGCGCAUCCCGGACCUCAAGCAGCUGGAGCUCAUCUCCAAGGCGGCCAUCGCUAAACCUUUGCCUCCACAAGAGAAGUGGGGCUCGGGGGGGAAAGAUCUGUUCGCUGGGCUGGUCCCGCUGGCGGUGCACCACGCGGCGGCGGCCAGCAGCGCGCGCCGCGCCGAGCUGGUCUCCGCCGAGGUCGCCAAGCUGCGGGACGCCACGCAGCUGCUCAACAGCAUCCUGGCGUCGCUGAACCUGCCGGCGUGCAUCGAGUCGUGCGACGAGGAGGGCUCGCUGCCGGAGUCCAUCCGCAGCAAGGCGCGCGCCGUGCGGGACGCGGGCGGCCUGCAAGAGCUGCAGCGCCUCAUGGCCGAGCUGCCGGACCUGCUGCAGAGGAACAAGGACAUCCUCGACGAGGCGGAGCGCAUGCUGCGGGAGGAGGCGGAGGCGGACGCGGCGCUGCGGCAACAGUUCGGGGCCCGCUGGACGCGCACGCCCUCCGCCGCGCUCACCGAGGCCUUCCGCGCCAACGCGGACAAGUACCGGCAGAUCAUCGACAACGCCGUGCGCGCCGACAACAUCGUGCAGCAGAAGUACCAGCAGCACAAGGACAACAUAGCGCUGCUGAGCGGCAGCGAGGGCGACAUCACGGCGGGGGUGCCCUCCGCGCCCGCCGCCGGGCCCGCCGACACGCGCGCACUCUCCACGCUGCGAGGUCUCAUGGAGGAGGUGGAGAGGCUGAAGGCGGAGCGGGACAGCAUCGAGUGCUCGCUGAAGGACGCGAGCGUGGACCUGCGGGAGCAGUUCCUGGCGGCGCUGAGCGCGGACGGCGCCAUCGACGAGCCCGCGCUGUCCGCCGCCGCGCUGGGCCGCGCGCUGGGCCCGCUGCAGGCGCAGCUCGCCGCCUCGCUCGCCGCGCAGGACGACCUCGUGGCGCGCAUACAGAAAGCCCACGGCAGCCUGGAGUCUGGCGGGGGGGGCGCGGGCGGGAGGGACGCGGUGCUGGGCCGCCUGGCCGCUGCCUACGACGCCUUCCAGGACCUCACCGGCAACCUCAGGGAGGGGGUCAAGUUCUACAACGACCUCACGCAGCUGCUGGUCGCCUUCCAAAACAAAGUAUCGGACUUCUGUUUCGCUCGUAAGACUGAGAAGGAGGAGCUCCUCAAGGACCUCACCCAGGAGGCCUCCCGCCCCGCGACCAGGCCCGCCCCGAGCCCGCCGCAACACCACACCGACGCCGUGGCCGAGCCGUCGGUCGUGAAAAAGGAGGCUCCACCUCGCCCUCCCCCCCCGGCCGCCGCGCAGCCCGCCGCCCUGCCCUACCCGUCGCAGCCGCAAGGGAUGCCGCUGCCGUACGGCGCGCCCGCGGCCCCGUACCCGUACUACGCGCCCGUGCCCGCCAUGUACAACCCGUACGCCACGCUGCCCUACCCGCACCACGCGCGCAUGCCGCAGCAGCAGUACCAGCCCUACCAGUACCCGCCGCCGCAGCAGCCCUACCAGGCGCCGCCGCCCGGGUACAACCCCUACCCGCAGCAGUAGGCCCCACCCCCUCAACGCAACACAACAUAUGUUCAUUCAUAUAAAUAUUAUACAUUUGAAGACGUGAUGUUGAAUGGUCAUCAAAGCUCGUGGACAUCAGCAAACGAUCCAAAGAAAGUCAUCCAAAAAUGUUCGUGCGAGUUCAGAGAGCACACUACAUCCCUGCGGCCCCGCGGAGCAGUCACGUGACCGUCGCCCGAUCAGACGGCUAAUUGUAACUCGUAUUACUGUCCAAUUCAAAAGCAAAUUAAAGAAGAUACAUUUAAAAAAACAUACCCCAAACAAAUUACGGAAUAUACGUUCACAGCUGGUUUGACUGCAUAAAUACAUGAUAAAACAUUAUAGCUUUUUAUAAAACCAUUAUCGCUGGCAUGAAACCAGACUUCAUUGUAUAAAUUUAAUGUGUUAUAAAUUUAGAAUAGAGUAUAUUUUUGGAUUAUGUUACAACAAAAGCAUGAAGGGUUGUCUGUAGUAUUAUUACAAUCAUUUGGUAUACAUACAGUAACCGAAGCAUUUAGUUCCACGCUUAUAUCAGUCAAUUAACUAUGUAUAAUUAGUGGCAGUGACGUCACAAAAAUAAAUCGACAAUAAUGAACUUUUUUUUGUAACCGUAACUCCAUCAGUUCAGAUUAAAAUUCAAAGAUUAAUCUUGAUGCCUGUUGUCAUGACAACAAAUUUACUGCACUUAUAAUAAAAAAUUAAGGUUAUGAGAAUUAAAUCAAAUAACUCCCUUUUGGCCCCAAAUUUGAAAAUGACCCAGAUGACGCGUGUCACUUUUAAUUGCGUGCAAUACGCGUAGAGAAUAAAUUAUUUUAAUCCUGUUUUUAAGGAUGUGGAGAUUUUUUUUGGUAGGAGAAUGUUCUGUCUCGCUCUCGCAAAGCACCUUUUUAAAGAAGUAAUUGUUACACGUGAAAGUUGACGUCAUUAUAUAUGAAUUUCUUGAUUUUGUUCCGUUCAUUAAUAGACCGCAUUCGUGGUUGAUUUUAUUAAUUUAUUAUAAGGAAAUGAAAUAUAUCAACACUGAUAUUAGAGUCUUCCCUAUCCAAGAAAGCAAAAACCACAAUUAUAUCAUCAAACUCGCAUAAUCUAUGAAGAAUCUUUUAUGUUUUAUGAAAUUAAUUCUUUUGUAUUGAAUAUUUAUAAGUCCUUUUUAUUAUGUUAUAGUCGCAUGUAGUUUCAUCAUAAUAAUAUAAUUUGCAUUUUAAAAUUGAAAUAUUUUAUUAUUUAAUCAGUAUAAUGGGAAAUUAAUGGUUUCAAUUAUUUCGCUUUAAAAGAUUUAUUGUUAUUUUAACAAGCAAUCAGUCAGGGUUUUGGAGGGUACUAAAUAAAAAAGGAUUAUGAAAGAGGCAAUAAAUUCAAAACAUCAGUGCAGUACAAUAUUCUUAUUCUCAAAAGUUAUAUGAAAAGCGAACUAAUAUUUAUGUAUAAUGUAGACAAAGAUGAGUUUAAAAAAAGCAAUAUAUUUAUCGCGCAUAAUAAACAUUUAUUUAACAGGCAAAGGAAUCUAAUAAUAAAUGGCCACGAAUAUCGAUUUCUUGAUUUAUACAAAUAUGUAGUUCUGUGACGAUUAACCGUCAUUUGUUGUUCUCGUCUUAACGCAAAAAUGUAGAUUCUUGUGCUAAUAAUCUGUGCGGCUAAACAAUCGAAACAUACAUACAGAGUAAAACAUGAUCCUUAAAACGUGUGUUCUCUAAAAGAUUCGAACCUAAGAAAACUCUCAGCUCGUUCGCACCAAUUAUUUGUUAGUUCGAGACAAGAUCGCAAUUUGAAGCAAGCUUACAAAAGAAGUAGGUAAUGAAAGUCUUUGAGAUUUUUUAAACUAUCGGAGAGUAAUGUUUCAGCCUUUCGGAGACUAUAGUUUUCGUUCCUUUGAAAAAGUUAUAUAUUUUUAAUAAAAUCAUAAUAAUAAUUGGUCGAUUUGAAAUCGAAUUAAAAAUCGAUUCUUGUUUAUGGAAAUGAAGCGUUGUGAUAAUCAGAAUAUGAUUUGCAGAAACCUCCUAAUGGGUAUUUGGUACAUCAUUUUUAUUCGCAAUCAAAUAAAAAUAUACGCUUAUCUUUAUUUCAUGACCACAUAAUCUUAUUACAUAAUAUUUACAUUAUUUUAAAAUAUAAUGAUUUAAUAGUUACAAAAGGUCUGUAGUAGGAGUUAGUUUAUUUGCAUUCGUGCCUAUCUCGUAUUGAAUUUAAUUAUAUAAAUAAUAUUUAUAGUUUUCCAUUCAUUCAUUGUAUUUGAAUGUUUUUUUUAAAUAAAAUGUAACGUUCGUAAA